UUGAAAAUUUCCAAAUUCGUCGUUCUUUGUUUUUGUGAAGUUGUUCGCUUUGAGGCAUUGCUUUCCAAUAUAGUUAAUGGCGUCCGAUUACGGAGGGCUUUAUCGCCCUCAUUCUACUCACAUUCUUCACUCCCACACAGUAUCGCAACCACAGUGUGUUGGACACGAACAAGGAAGGUUGCAUCAUCACCAUUUACAGCAUGAUCAACAUGGGCUAAGUGCUCGCCUUAACUCUCACCCUCAACCUCAGUUUCAUAUUCACCCACAUCCGCAUCCGCAUCCUUUGUCUUCAGCUCAGUCCCAUGACUUGCAUUGGGUGAUACAGAGAGAAAUCGAGGAGGAGAUGCUCAGACACGAGAUAAUCAUGUACAAGAUCCUUACAAGGCGCGCCUUGGAGGCUGAGUUAAGGAGGGACCUGAUGAUGGUUGAAACCUUUCUUAGGAGAGGACACAAUGUGCUUCCACUGGCAGAGACGAUGGCUGAGGAGAGGUUUCUUGACGAAAGAAGUACGUUGCUCUCGCAGAGGCACAUGUUGAACGACAUGUGUGAGGGUGGACGAUCUGAAUCCUUACCGUUUCAGAGAGCAUCAAUUGAUGAGAGAAUGGGAAGAGACUCAAUGGCAAAAGAGUCAGAGGUCAAGCAUGUCUUGGAGGUCCGCAACAAAAAGAACGAAAUAAUUUUAGAGGCUAAGCCAGUCGAAAAUAUAACUGGAGCUAAGAGGGCUAACCCUGGAUCGGGCACCAGUGCCCAAUCAGAUGGCAACUUGAAGAAGCAGAAGAGAGUGAAAGAGGAGUGGAGUUGCACCCUCUGCCAAGUUACUGCAACCAGCGAACAUACUCUGAAUGAGCACCUUAAGGGAAAGAGGCACCAGUCAAAGGUGGCUGCGUUGAAGGCGAACAAAUCUAUGAUAGGGCUUUGUACAAAAAAUGCUGCCAAGCCUAUCCAGAGUUCAGGAACAUCCAAUCAAGUCAUAGAAGUGAAACUUACACCCACACCUUUGUCAUUUGGUAAGCCCGGCUCUGAGACAGAUUGGCUGCUGCCGUUGCAGGGAAAUCCCAACCCAGACAACUUGAAGAAGGAAGAAUCAGUAGUGACUCCAAAAGGAAAACAGAAGGGUGAAGAUAAGAAGGAAACAUAUAAAUUUUGGUGUGAGAUGUGCCAGGUUGGUGUGCUCACUGAGAAGGUCAUGAAAAUGCACCAACAGGGUAAAAAACAUAAACGUCGUCUUCUUCAAACCAAGUAGUGGAGAAAACAGUUGCAGAAGAUCUCACAGCUGUGAAGACAAGUCUCUGGUGAUGCUUGCUUGAGUUGAGCUGCUAUGGUUCAUGUCCAAUUAGUCAAAUGCUGUUUGCUAUGGCGAAUCCGUUCCCAUUUAACAAUAUAAGCUGUCUUCUUCUUAUUUCUACAGUUUGAGUUUAAGAAACUAUAAACAGUCUUCAUGUUUGUCCAA